UUUUAUAUCUGCAGCUAAUAAUAAAAUGAUAUAAUUUGAAUUUAUAUUGAAGUUAUUGAAUUCAUAUCAUAAUUAUUAUGUUUCAGAUUUUUGUCAGUAGGUCUAAACUUUGUGGCACUAAAACAAGAAUUUUCUUUGGGUAGGACUACAGUUAGUGAUAUUGUAAGAGAGACUUGUGACGUUAUUUGGAAUAUCCUUCAACCCACUGAAAUGCCAGAACCAAUUGGAGAACAGUGGAUAAGUAUUUCAAAUAAGUUUCAUGAACGCACCCAGUUUCCAAACUGUGUAGGUGCAGUCGAUGGGAAGCAUAUAAGAUGUGUAAAUCCCACAAAUUCUGGAUCCAUUUAUUAUAAUUACAAAAAAUAUUUUUCGAUUAUGCUAAUGGCAGUGGUAGACUCGGAAUACUGUUUUAUUCAUAUAGAUGUUGGGGCAUACGGAAGAGAGGGGGAUUCUACUGUAUUUAAAGAAUGCCCUUUUGGUAAAAAGUUAUACACAGAACAACUUGGCCUACCAGCUCCUAAGCCUCUGCCUAAUACACAGGACAAACCUCAGCCAUUUGUUGUUAUUGGCGAUGAAGCAUUCGGCCUUCAUAAGAAUCUUUUAAGACCUUUUCCUGGGCGCGGACUUGAUCAAAGGAAAAGAAUUUUUAAUUAUAGAUUGUCAAGGGCUAGAAGAUAUGUAGAAUGUGCCUUUGGCAUAUUGGCGAAUAAGUGGAGAGUUCUCCAUACACCAAUACAAGUUGGCCCAGAUUUUACUGACAAAAUUGUGAAAGCCUGUUGUGUCCUCCACAACUAUGUUAGAAGCCGAGAUGGGUUUAAUUUUGAACAUACACUGAGCAAUACAUUGGAGGAAAUAGAGUUUAAUAGAAGGGGAACUGGUGCACGUACUCAAGGAAUUGAUGUCCGCGAUGAUUUUGCAGAUUAUUUUAUGGAGGCUGGAUCGGUACCAUUCCAGUAUCCAAUUGUUCAAUGAUUAUUUGUUUAUUAUUAUAAAAAUAAUUGUUUUUGUUCAAAUACACAUAUAUUUACUUUAACUAACAUUGUCAGUGACCUAUCCAAGCAUCCAUUUUAGUCUAGAAUCAAUUGGUUAAAAAAAAUCUACUUCAGCACUCUAUACAGAGGUACUGUACUAACUUCAAUCUUGUAA